AUGAGUUGUGAUGAUCAUGAUCAGUAUACAACAGAGUCGCAGUUUAUAACACACACUGUUGGUAGGGUUUUAGAUAUGUUGAUGUUGGAAUAUAGUCCUAUAAAUAUGGAAGAGUAUGAAUCUUUGUUGAAUUUGGUUGAGAAUACUUGUCGGGAUAGUUAUGAUCUUUAUUAUGGUUUGUUUACGUUUAAUAAGAAUUCUCCAGAUGUGUUGGAAAGGUUGGAUUUGUCUUUUAAGGAUUUGAGGAAAGAGUUGGUUGCUCGUUUGCAUGAUGCUGUGAGUAAUCAUUUGUUUGGAAAGAGCAUACCCCGCAAAAACAUUAGUCGCAACUUUUUGCAAGGGGAAAUGCACCCCACAACUUUGCUAGAAGAAAAACAACUCGCAAAUUUUCCAGGUGAAAAGCACCUCGCAACCCUUUUCCCAUAUUUCAAUACCUAUCAGAGCAGUUGA